GCUCGAGCGGAUGUUGUUUAUGAUUUGAUGAACGACAUUUUCCUUUGGAAACAUAGUGUAGACGUAAAUUCAUUUAAUUUUCGUCAAUAUUAACAUCUGAGUUCAGUGAAUUGGUGCGUAAAUCUACAAAGAUUUUAGACUUUUAAAAUCCCGAACAUAAAAAUCAUAUUAAACGUGUCGUAUGAGCGUAAUUCAAGAAGUUUUUUUUCUCAGACAAUAUAGCGGGAAAUUGUCGUAGUGACGCGCACAAGCUCUGUUAAUUAUUAUUCUCGUGUAGUCUGGUGUAGUGUCGUGACUAUUUGUUAUGUGAUUAUUUAGGCUUUGACAGUGUACAUUUGUGAUAUAUUUAGAAUUGACAAUGUCGGAUGAAAUGGCGGUGGGAGAUAACGCGUCAAGCGAGGAACCUAAAGUGGGGGCUGAAGAUGUUGCAGAAGAGGCUCCUGUUGCGGAGCAAUCAUCAAAACAAUCUGCUGAGCCUCCCGCUCCAGAGUCUGGAGAUACCGAAGAAUCCAAUAAAGGUUCAGAAGAGAAAUCGGAAGUCAAAGUAAAUGACGAUGACAAAGAUAUAAUAGAUAAAGAUGAGAAAGAAGAGGAAGAGGAUAAGCGAGGCAUUAAACGCAGAGCAUCUGCUGCGUUUAGCGACGAUGGGGACUUCAAAGGUUUCGAGCAGACGGACAAGAACGACUUGACAGAGUUCAACAAGAUAAUUGACGAAGAAUGGAAAUUUUUAAGAAGAUACUCGACAGAUGAGGAUUUUAAGGGUUUCGAUCGCGUUGAAAUGAACAACUUGACGGGGUACAAUAAAAUUUUAGAACGUUUGGAGACAGAAAUUUCGGAAGCAGAGAAGAGUUUUACUCCAUUACGAAAUAUUUCAACAUCAUUGCAACCAGUGAAAGCUAGUAAAAGACCUCGGCAAGAUACAGAUAGUUCACGGCCUUCUUCCGCGCUAUCAUCAAGAUCAGAUGGUGAUGGAGCCGUAUCUACUGAUCAUCAGAGGGUAAAUGGGAGUAAAGAAGAAAUAAAACACCUCAGGAUAGAAGCUAUAAAGGAGGAAGUUAAAGCGUCAUCAUCACCGUUGGGCAGGGGCCGCCGCCCCACCACGGAGAUGUCGUCGCCGCUGCUGCGCGUGCCGCUGGAGCGCGGCUGGAAGCGCGAGCUGGUGUACCGCGCGGCGCACGACGCGCACUCGCGCCGCAACGCCGACAUUUACUACUACUCGCCCAACGGGAAGAAGCUAAGGUCCACUCGUGAGGUAUCUGAACAUUUGUCUGGAACUGGGCUCACAUUAGAAAACUUUUCAUUUUUCAAAGAACCUCUCGGAAUUGAUGAUCCCGAAAAAGAAAUAAUUCGUGACGCAAAACUUAUGCGUCGAGUAGAAUCACCUGUAGCAGCGCCUACACAGGUAGAAGGGAAACGCACGCCCAAACCGAAACCGCCGAAAGGCGCUAGUCCAGAACCUAAUACACCUAAAUCACCACCCUCUAAGAUUAAGGUAAAAUCAAUGGGCUCUCGGCUAAAUAACAACAGUUCGCCCGCCACACCGCAACCGCCGCCCGCGUCUAAACAACCGCGGCGACAGUCUGCGCAAACGCAACCGACGCAACCGACACAACCGACACAACCGGUGCAACCGCAACCAGCAGCGGCUGAUAAUAAUAAUACCGCCGCUUGGAAGAAACCUAGUGAGAAGAUGUCUCGCGGUCGUGUAGCGAACGGCGCAGCGUCCCCGCCCGCGAUCGCGUCUCCGCGUCGACGCGGACGGCCCAAGAUCGACGACACGGACUAUUUCACCGCGUUCUAUAAGCGCGCUCAGGAGAAGAACUAUAAUGUCGCCGUGCAGAUAUUCCAAUACGUGUGUAUGCGCGAGUUGGCCGGUUGCGCGCGAGUGUGCCGCCUGUGGCAGGGGAUGACGGCCGCGCCGCAACUGUGGCGACAUGUGCGGAUGAAAAAUUCACAUGUAAGUGACUGGGGCGGGUUGUGUGCGGCACUAAAGAAGCAUUCAACAAAAUGGCUAGACCUGCGGAAAAUGUUGCUGCCAGCCAACGACACAACAUUCUGGGACCAAUUCAUUGAACACAUAGCUACUGUUGAUACGCUCGAAAGGCUGGAGCUGUGCCGGUGUCCAGCACGCGUGGUAGAAGCUGUGUGCUCACGGGUCAGUUCACUGCGAGCUCUGUGCGCGCCCGCAAUCUGGGACACUUCGCUGGACCCCGAACCGCUCGGGCUACUGUCGCGACUUGAGCUACUGCGCCUUAAGAGUCUAAAAGGAUUAUCGUUAACGCGCGACCUCACGCCGUUAAGUAAUCUACGCCAUCUACAGCAUUUAUCGUUAACGUCAAUCAAGGAACUCGGCUGGUGUGCGUGCGAAGUUGUUGGACAAUUGGAACAGCUGGAGUCGCUGGAGCUGGGCGAGUGUUCGUUCGGCGGCGCGUUCGCGGCGGCGCUGGCGCGGCUGGUGCGGCUGCGGCGGCUGCGGCUGGAGCGCGGCGUGCCGCACUGCGCCGCGCCCGCGCUGCUGCAGGCGCUCGCCGGCCUGCCGCGCCUCACGCGCCUCGAGCUCGUCAACUUCGAUGUCAAGGUCGGAUUCGACGACGCGUUAGCGGAAUGUAAAAACAUUCAGAGACUACUCAUCAUACCGACAUAUGUAUCACAAUCCGCCACUACCAAUAAACAGGUGCUGAGCGGCGUGCUGCGGCUGAAGGACACGCUGACGCACCUGAUGUGGGGCGUCACCAUCGAGCUGCUGCGCGUCACCGAGCUGUUCAUCGACCAGUGCGAGGCGGGCGGCGACGGCGACGCGCCGCGCCCCGACCUCGGCGAGUGCAUCCCCGUGCUCAAGCCCGUGCCCGGCUGCCGCCUGCCCGACGACCUGCGCCACGUGGCCGGCCCGCCGCAGGUGGAAAUCCUACCAAUCCCGACGCUGCAGCGCCUGCUCUCAGCGCAACUGCCGAACACGAAGCUGAAACUCCUGCGCAUUCCGUUCCACGCCACGUGGCGGCAGACGUUAGCGGACUUCCAGUAGCACACACAUGAGUGUAUGAGCGUGUGUGUGUGUGCGUAGUGACGGUGUGGGUUAUCAUCAUUGUCUAUGGACGGUUAAGUUGGCUAUGGAAUACAUACAUCAAAAAAAUAUACCAGCCGAAUUGAUGAUAACACCCUUUUUUGAAGUCGGUUAAUUAAUUGGUUUUAUUGGACAAGUUGGACGCAAAAUUAUGUCUAUGGACGUUUGGGAUGGCCAUAGACAAAUUAGAGGCAAUAUGAGUUAACAUACAUAUUUUAAAAUAUACUCCAAAUGAAGCAAUUAAAGGAAAGUCGAUCAUUUCUAAUGUGUUGACAGUUUACCAUAGACAAACAUUAUAAAUGAUGAUAAUCCACAAGUCGAGCUAAUUAAUCGGCUUUUUGGCGGUGAAAGCAAGGACUUAACAGUUGCAUACUAAAAUAUAUGGCAAUAACAUUGAAACAUUUGAUGUUAAUAAAAAAUUUCGUUGUAUAUGUCAUAUUGAAAAGAAAGCCUGCGCGCAUAUAUUUUUCCUUAUUUAAAAAUAAAAAUAUUAAAUGAAUGUAAAACGUGAUAUGUAGAUUUUAAUGAUUCUUUUUAUAAUCAUUGUCUUAGAUUUUCAAAAGUAUAAAGACGUGUCAAAUAUUUUUAAAUAGAGUGAUGGAUAUAAACAUAUUAUUAUAUUUAAUAACGAUGACACCAAAUAUUAAAUAGGCUAAAAGUACAUGUGAGUUAGAUUUCAGUGUCACGCACAUAUAUUAUAUUAAGGUCUCGUCAUACAGUAGUGAGAUAAUUUUUCACUAUGGACAAAGUUACGAAAAGACAGUAUAAGGAGCGAAAUAUUUAAAAGGUUUUGGACUUUAUCUACAUAAUAUAUCUAGUUCAUAAUAAGUAUAAACAACUAUACAAUUUACUGCCCCUUUACGGAUUUUAGUGCCUUUGUAUUAUAAAUAAUUUGCCGCUUAAAUAUAAUAUCCUGUUGUGGUAAAAAAAUUACAUCUCAUGACAAUUUGUAGGUUUGACGAGCCCUUAAUUAUCUCGUAGUUUUGCUCAGAUGUAUUCAUGUUACAUAGACUAGAUGAUCCGAUAAAAACUGUAGUCUUCAGCUUCAUAUAUUCUAAAAUAUACAAAUAUAUAAGGUAUGUUAUAUACAGUUGUUGGAUAGUCUACACGAUGCGGUAAAUAUAUAUUUGGAUUAUGUUGUGCGUUUUAUUAAUUUCAUUCGCUAUUUUACGAUUAUACUCAGAAUAUGUUACAGUAGAGUAAUUUAUUUUUUGUAGAAGUCACGAAAAUUUUGCCUUGCACAUUUUUCUGGUAAUGUGAAUACAUAAUAGUCGUCGUGUAGGCUAAACAGAAUUCACAAGUAACUCCGGAGUGUUCGCUAGUAUAAAGAGAUUUAUAGCGAAAAAUUUUAUUUUUAAUAGUUCUUCGAUACAAUGACGCAAUGAAAUAUUAUAUUAGAAUAAUAAGAUUGUAAAUAAUGAUGUAUCGAUUAGUGCCUAUAGCGGGAACUCUUCUUUAUUUCAUGGGCGUAAUUUUGUGCAUUACUUUAAAUAUUGAAACUUUUAUUUUUCGCGACUGAUUUUUUGGGGACAGUUAAAAAUUAUGAACGCAUUAUUGUAUUUGUAAUAUAUAUUUUUUGUUUCUUUUCUCUCUUGUAACAUUUGUUAUAUUCGUGACUCCACUAUACUAAAUUGCGACUAUUACUAUUAAAUGACAUUGUACUAGUAUAUAUAAUUAUUUAAUUUUAAAUUAUUCGAGCAUUCUUUUUCCUUUAAAGCCUGGCUUUUAUAACUUAGACAAGAGUCUAUUGUUAAUAAUCUCCUUACAAGAUGUUUUGUGUAUUUUUAUGUUUAGUUUUAAAGUGGAGCUUCGACAUGGCGUUUGUAAAAAUUGUGCAUAAAAUGUCGUCGGAGCGUUAUCAUGAUUAGGUUAAUUAUAUAAUAGUUAAUACUUUGAUAGUAAGUAUUGGCGACGCAAUAAAUUGUUGCCGUGUAAA